AUGGCCCCCAGAGGUGAUCAGGCGCUCGAGAGAGCAAAGGAGCUGCUUUGGGUGAAUAUACACUCACAAUCGACCAGCAACUUCAGGGUACGCGACUCGGCUGCUAGACUCGCCGAUAUACUCUUACACGACUUCCUGACCUCUGAGACUUUAGAGGCUAGGCAACAGGCCUAUGACGAAGUCAAUGAGAUACAAACCAGACUUGAAAGGCGGGAAGGCUUUCACUUCAACCACGGGCUUUCCAAAACCAGCAUCUCACUCCUCAUCAUGAAACGUCGUUUGGGAACCGCAAGAGAGUUCUACAAUGAAGCGAUUGCUAUCCUGAAAGCCUGCCUUCAAGCUCUCUCAGAUCAUCGAGCGGGUAACGAUAUCGCUGGAUUGUGGCAGUUAACAAAGAUUCUGGCGUUGCUGCCUGGAUGUGUUACAGAUGCCCAAAUCGCAUCGACGUGUAUAUACUACAAUGUGACACCCGAACAAGGCGCUAAUUCAACAGGGCCAUUGAAGAGUCGGUAUUGUGAUUUUUGUCGUCGAGAUAUCGAAGGGAUUGAGAAAGGCUGCAAGAGUUAUUCGUGUUUUUAUUGCAGCGACAUUGACCUAUGCGAGAAGUGCUACACAGUCCGACAGAUAUGGUAUGAUGGGAAACAAGAGCGGAUGCAAGGAGGAGCACCUGUUGCGGAAGACGUAAACUCGUAUUUGGAGGUAUGCCCUAAGGGCCACCACUACCUUGAGGUACCGCCAAAGGGGUGGAAGGGCUUUUCAGAUGGGAAGAUAAAGAUUGAUGAUUGGGAGGAAGAGUUUUCUACAUGGCGCGACUCAUUGGAAGAGAAAUGGAAGAAGGCGUGGGAAGAGAACAUGCGCAAUGCAGACCGCAUGGCUGAGGACCAUCUUGCUCACCCACUGACGGCUUCAAUUCAAAAGCUCACUUCAAGGUAUUCUUUUGAAAUGUAA